AUGAAGUUCAACGACGGAUUUUGGCUGUUGAAGAACGGUAUCAAGCCGUUUUAUGGCCUUCAAGUUGUUCAAGUUCGCGAAGACGAUAAAGGAUAUGAUCUACAGGUUGCGACUCGUCCAAUUAGGCACCGAGGUGACACGCUGGGCGGUCCCGUGUUAAGUGUUCGCGUGCACUCACCUACUCAAGGUGUGAUCGGAGUGAAGAUUCAGCAUGUCGUUUAUGGAGAACCAACGACCAAUAUCCAGUUGUUCCCCGAUGACGGUCCUGUACCAGAUAUGACUUUAUCGAAAGACGACAAAAAACAUGUCCUGCAAUCAGGAGAUUUGCGCGCUGAGAUCACGGAGAACCCAUAUACCAUCACUUUCAAAUCACCGGAAAGGACAUUGACCGAAGCUGGCGUUAAGCACCAGGCAGUUUUUGAUGUGCCGUCGCGAUGGACUAUACAUUCUGCCUCCAAUAGCUCCUGUCUUGCCCAAGAUCCUUUGUCAAACCCUCGUCCUGCUCCUUUGCCUCCUACUGUUCAUUAUAUCAACUCCGAACUCAAUACAUCUCCUGGAGAAUUGAUAUAUGGUUUUGGAGAACAAUUUGGCCCGUUUGUCAAAAACGGGCAAGGUGUAAAAAUAUGGAACCAAGAUGGAGGAACAUCGAGCGAACAAGCGUACAAAUGUGUUCCAUUUUACAUCACUAACCGCAACUAUGGAGUCUUCAUCAACCAUCCGGGAGAAGUUGAGGUUGAAGUGUGUUCUGAGAAAGUCAGCAGGGUUGGUGUGUCAGUUGCAGAUAAUACUUUGGAAUAUUUUCUGAUUUAUGGUAAAACACCGCUGGAGAUUCUGGAAAGAUAUACUCGAAUGACAGGAAGGCCAGCCAUUUUACCAAGCUGGACUUAUGGUCUAUGGUUAUCGACGUCAUUCUUGACCUCCUAUUCCACUGAAACUGUAUCCGGAUUUUUGCAAGGCAUGGAGGAACGUAAUUGUCCAGUCCGCGUCUUCCAUCUGGAUUGCUUCUGGAUGAAACAAUAUGAGUGGUGUUCUUUUACUUUCGACCCUGACAAUUUCAAGAACCCCAAAGCCUACUUGACGGAGAUUAAACAAAAAUAUGGCGUCAAGAUAUGUUUAUGGAUAAAUCCGUAUAUAUCACAGUUAUCACCCGUCUUUAAGGAAGGUGUUGAAGGCGGUUUCUUCAUCAAGCGACUGGAUGGGAGCCCAUGGCAGUGGGAUCUAUGGCAGCCUGGACUUGCCAUUGUUGAUGUGACAAAUCCUGCUGCGCGUAAAUGGUACAAUGACAAACUUACUGCGCUGUUGGACCUAGGUACUGAUUUUGGGGAGCGUAUUCCUCAUGCAUCAGUCGCUUUCCACGACGGUUCUGAUCCAAUGAGGACGCAUAACAUGUUUUCUGUAAUAUACAAUGAGCUUGUGUUUAACUUGUUGAAAGAACGAUUUGGAGAGGGUGAAGCUGUUGUAUUUGCACGGGCGUCAGCAGCUGGCGGACAGCGUUUCCCGGUUCAUUGGGGUGGCGAUUGCGAAUCAACGUAUGAAGCCAUGGCCGAAGCUUUACGAGGCGCAUUAUCUCUUACUGUAUCAGGUUUCGGAUACGCAUCUCAUGAUAUCGGCGGAUUUGAGGGCCACCCGCCUGCGGAAAUUUAUCAGAGAUGGGUAGCGUUUGGCCUGUUUUCAUCGCACUCGCGAUUGCAUGGAUCUUCCUCAUACAGAGUGCCUUGGAUAUACGGAGAAGAUGCGGCGAGAUCCAUGUCGAAAUUCCUGGACGCGAAGCAUCGGCUGAUGCCAUAUCUAUACAACCUUUUGGCGGACUGCGGACGAGAAGAACUUCAACUCGUGGAACUGUCUUCCAUUCAGGCUCGUCUGCAUGGUCAUCCGGUCAUGCGCGCGAUGUUUCUUGAGUUUUCGGAGGAUCGGACUACCCAUUAUCUUGAUAGGCAAUACAUGUUAGGUCCGAAUCUGCUCGUCGCGCCUGUAUUCGUGCCUCUGGGAGAAGAGACAGAGUAUUACCUCCCAGCCGGCAAAUGGACAUCCUUUUUCCAUCCGGAGAGGACCAUCGAGGGGCCUCGCUGGGUGAGGGAACACGUUCUCAUUGACGAAAUACAUGUGUGGGUGCGCGCUGGUUCUGUGCUUGUGCUCGGCCCGGAGCGCGUUGGUCGCCCUGAUUAUGAUUACACACGGGAGUUGGAGGUACGUGCGUAUAAGCUGGAGACAGGUCAGGUGGUUGUAGUCGACGUGCCAAAGGGGAAGGGCGUCGAGGUUGCAGGCAAGAUUAAGGUGACCAAGUUGGAAGAGCAGGCACAGGGAGACGAAGGUGUCAAUGUGGUUGCUGAUGAAGGACUGCAGGUUGGAAAGGUUUUGUCGUUUUAA